AUGUCUGGGCGUUACGAGAGGGUAAAUGCCCACGAUGAAGACGAGGAGCACGAUGUUCCCCAGCGACGAGUCCAGAUCCCCAACUCGCCACCUCCGUCCUUUCAUUCCCGCGCUUCCUCGCCAAAUCGAAAUGGCCGGGUCAACAACGACCUCGCCGAUGCGUUUGACGACGAUGAUGCGAGCGACGACGAAGCCGACGACAGACAGAGAUUGGUUCGCCAGAACUCAACGCCGACCAUCCGAUCAACCAGCGACUCUUCGCGAUCCUCUGCGCCGGCGGCGUCGGCUUCCAUCCCAGCGACAGCAGAUACGACUUCGUCCAGCUCACGACCACGAGUAAUGGGAGGUGGAAAUGCCUCGGAUGGCGUGUUUGCCAACAUGUCAGCCCGGCCAGAGCGGACGGAUGCCAAUGCGGAGAAGGAGGAGCAACCACCGACGUACGAACAAGCUGCCGCAGACGCCGCACCUCCCUACUGGGAAACCACGAUUCUUGCGCCCGGAUACGGGGGUGCAGACGAAGUCUACGUCGACGGCAUGCCCGUCGGCUCGGUGUUUUCUUUCAUCUGGAACGGCAUGAUUUCGACUUCAUUCCAGCUCGUCGGCUUCCUGCUCACCUACCUCCUUCACUCCACCCAUGCCGCCAAAAACGGAUCACGAGCUGGCCUAGGCAUCACCCUUAUCCAGUACGGCUUCUACAUGCGAGGGUCGCCCGACGACCCGCCUCAGAUGACAGGCCCAGACGGAUAUGCUGCGCCGCAAGAUCCAAACUCCCACAACUUCAAUGCUGACGACGUGCGUGACGGUCCCAGGUCCGGUAUCUCAGGCAAUGACUGGAUGGCAUAUAUCUUGAUGGUUGUUGGCUGGUUCAUGCUUAUUAGGAGCGUGGCCGAGUUCAUGAAGGCCCGACGACACGAACAACUCGUCCUGCAGAGCCCUGACCGCGGGCUCAACGUCCCCAUUAUCGCAGAAGGCGAGAGCUCGGAGCACGUGGUAUAG